AAGGAGACCUGGCUCAAAGCUUUAGGAACAGAACCAAUCUCUGGGAACAAACAGCUCUGACAGCGUGCACUUAUGUUCUCCGAGCCGCUGGGGGGCGAUGUUGAGCAGACCCGCGCAGCCGCAUCCUACUGGAUCCGGAGAAGAAAACAGGGCCGAGUUCUAUGUCAAAAUGAGGCAACGCUGAUAUCCGUGAAGUGUGGUUGGAACAGAGAGCAGGGAGGCGCAGGUGAGUGGGCGCGGUGCAUGCUGGGAGCUGCCUGCUCCUGGCCCCCCACCUGUUGUGAACUCAUGGCCCGUUCACUGAGGCCUGGAUCACUCGUGCACGUGGACUGGCACAGAUCUGCGGAGGCCAAGGAGUUCUUCAGCCGGCUCCAGCACAAGAAGAAGCGCAGGAAGUUUGGUCUACUGGAGGCUCCUGUAAUGCCACCUUCAAUUAGUGUAGACACGGUGAACUACAAGGUCUUCAUCUCAGGGAAGAGCGCAGUGGGCAAAACCACCCUUGCUGCCCGCCUUGCCGGCCUGGAUGUUCCAAGAAUGCAUUAUGAGACGACGGGCAUUGAGACCACGGUGGUCUUCUGGCCGGUGAAGCUGAGGGACAGCGGCCGGGUGCUCUUCUUCCGCUUUCAGUUUUGGGACUGUGGAGAGAAUUCGCUGCGCCGGUUCGACCACCUCCUCCCGUCCUGCAAGGAGCAGAUGGAUGCCAUUCUCUUCCUGUUCUCCUUCAUAGACCACGCUUCCUUUGUUGACCUGUCGAGUCAGAUUGCUCGUGGCACCGGUGCUUCUGACAACAUCGUGAAGGUUGUGGUGGGCACCAAAUUUGACUUAUUCAUGCACACGGAUGUGACCGAGGAGGAGGUGAGGAGCUUCCAGGCGGCAUCGGGGAUACCCGUGUUUCGUGUUGGGGGUGACGUUUGUGGUGGGUGGGGGGAGGUGGCGCCGCUGCUCAACGCCCUGGCCGAGCUCCUGUGGCAUCAGGACCGCCUGGCAGCGGGGAAGAUGCCCCCCCAGCCGUCCUCCCGGGGUGAGACUGGGGACCUUGCUGGAUGUUGACUGAACCGCUGUGUGCCUUCGUAAAGAGACGUGUCAGUGAGGGAUGUUUCUGGGAACUGCAAUGAUCCCAAAAUGUCUGGACUGAAUGGCAUUGAAAUAUAAAAGUAUUUGAACUGUCUUCUGCUUAAGUGCUGACUACUGUAUAUUGAUUUAGUUGUUUGAAUUCCCCUGGAUGAAUAUGAAAAGUGCUCUCAUACAGGAAAAAUGACAACUGAUGCCGAAUUCUGUAUUUGUUACGUGAACUGAAACUGCUUUGUGACAAGCGCAAACAGAAUGGGGGGAAUCGGGUAUAAUAAAAAGAAAUCUCGCCCUCCGAUGGGCCGGCGUCGCAUCCUGACUUACAAAAUAACUAAUAAAACGUCUUUGUUUUUCGCCCUGAUUACCGAGCGCCGUAGCAUCAGACUUGCAAUUGUGAAAUUUGUUAGGCCCUAACCUAAUGCGAGCAACAAAAAUGAAGCUUCUUGAAUAUGCCCACUGCUUUAGUAGGGAGUAUUCAGUAGUUUUGAUGUUAUAAAUCUGUAAAAAUAAUAUUGUGCAAAUUAGAACGCAGCUCGAGGACGUGUUUCAGGACGGAUGGUUUGAGGAUUGACGCCGAACAGCAAGAAGAUGAAAGGCUUGACCGGUUGUACGCCAACACAUCUUGCCCACCUUUGUGCUUGCGACGUUCCACCAGUAAGGGGAGACACCGAGCAGCAUUAAUUGACACUCGGUCGCCGCGCUCGAUCCGUCUCUCGAAUGGCUGCUGGAUGCCAUCGGUUAGUGAAUCCGUAUACUGGGAUUUGCACUGCAGCAGUCAUUUAUGAUUUUAAAGAGGCCAUGUGCCAAAGUUUCCCUUAGUUAAUUACUUCUGUCUAAAUGUUUUGAGUUCACUCCCAUCGCAUGUACUUGAGUGGUUUGGGAAAACCAAACUCACCAUGCUACUUGGUGGUUAUUCGAACAAGUGUGUUGCGGUAGUGAAUGCAUUAUUGCCAAUCGGAGCUACUUUUUUCAAUAUAUUCCCAUACUUAAGCAAACGUUACCGCUGGAAGAAGUGGGAAAUGGCAAACUUGUUUGUUGUACUAAGCUAUUUGCACCUUGGUUAAUUUUAUCACUAACGCUCAGCUCAGUUUUUAAAAAAACAUGUAUCAGAACUAAAGGGACGUUAAGUUGUGAGUCUGACGGCAGCACGUUCCCUUCCGUCGUCAAGAAUGGGUGCGCUGGCUCUUCCAAAAACAUUAAAUGGAAAAGGGGAAAGUGCCGGAUCGUCACAGCUCUUGCCUUUCAACAUCCCAUAAAACUCGUAACGCUAAUAUGAAAUGUUUUUCGCUCGGGAGAAAAUGACUAACAUUGCUUAAUGUUGUAAUGAAUCAUGUUUGCCGCCCCUUCCUCCUACAUUUAACGGUGCAAGAAAAACUGGAGCUCAUAUCAUGCCUGUGACCCAACCGCUCUUACCCCCCAGCAGGUAUGAGAGACAUGCAAAUGCGGUUCAGCCCCGCGCCAUGAAAAACACUCAACUGGGUCUCUAUGCUUGACUAGUAGGUAACUCCACCUAGGAAAUGUCUCGCUCGUUGCAGCAACGCGAGCGACCUGUUUUUCGACGUGGUACGAAGGAGUUAACGCAGGAAAACGCUACUAAAUCACGUCCAGCGUUGAAGAGCCCUGCUAGAAAUGUCAAGAAAAGGGUCAUGGAUCUUGUAACAACAUCUUUUGCCCGGAGGGAGGUUACCACGCUUUAGCAUGGGGGAAAAAAAAAAUACGGCGGCAGAAUAACAGUUGUGAGAGUGUUAUGUACUUGUGAUGUCCUGCCAACUUAGAGUAUGUGAUUGACAGUCUCUUUUGAUGAUUAAAAAAAAAAUGAAGUAAAAAGAUCUCCCA